AUGCAGCUUUACUUCGAUUGUCUGGAGAUUCGGCGUGAUGUUGAAAGAAUAAUUGAUGGUGACAUGAUUGCGGAAAUAAGUCACGACGUUUGAUGUCUUACUAGUCCGGAAAAUAUUGAUAUCAUACACCAUGGAUUUAGCAUUCGAGUGAGCGUUCUCCCUUGGUUUGAUACGUCUUUUUGUUUGGUGUAACCCUUUUGGGAUCACCAGAUUUUGAUCGGAUUCGCUUUGGAAGACCAACGGAAGUUUCGGAAUGGUUUGAGGAUUUCCGGGAAUUGGUGAGGGAAGAACUUUGUGAGACCGGCAGAACGGUUGGAGACAGGGGUAUAACCCUAUACUCCGAUUUGGAUUCGGACGAGGACAGCUUUGGUGAAGUGGAGGAUCCUAACCUGAACUCGGAAGGGGAGAAGGGCGACUUUGAGGAUUUGGAGUUGGCUCAGCCUUAUAACACCACAGCUGUUUUAAGUCUAAAGACAGAGUUUUUCUGUGGCAAAUAA